AUCGUUUUCUUUUUUUCUUUUCUUUUCAUCAAUCUCCCCAUUCGAAGGAAUUGCUUCAUUUACUUGGCCAAGUUCAAUACAGUUUAAUACACAAUCGCCAUGGCUAUCAAGACCUUGUCGGCGAAGGCCGCUGCAGCUCUAGAUAAAGAGCUUAUGAGCACUGGAGCUUUCUCAAUUGACCAACUUAUGGAACUCGCUGGAUUAUCAGUUUCACAAGUUGUUUACCGAGUUCACCCUCCUAAUAGGGGCAAUCGUGUGUUAGUGGCUUGUGGUCCUGGUAAUAACGGUGGUGACGGACUUGUUGCAGCUCGUCAUCUUCGCCAUUAUGGGUAUCAACCGACCAUCUACUAUCCAAAGCGGAGUAAGAAUGACCUCUAUCAGCGGCUUGCCAAGCAGCUAGAAGACCUGGAGGUGCCGUUUGUUGAGGAUUUCCCCGUGGCUAUGAAAUCGACGGAUCACAUCGUGGAUGCUGUUUUCGGGUUCAGCUUUUCGGGUGAGGUUCGCGAGCCUUUCCCAGCCGUGAUUCGAGCAUUAGAGGAGACCAAGCUCCCCGUCACCUCCGUUGAUGCUCCAUCUUCUUGGAAUAUUGAAACAGGGCCGCCCGAGUCCGGCUUGGGCAGCAAAUUCAACCCUGAUUUCUUGAUCAGCCUCACUGCACCUAAGCCUUUGGUCAAGCAUUUCAAAGGUCGUCAUUUUGUAGGCGGCCGCUUUGUCUCUCCAGCAAUCGCUGAGAAAUACGACUUCGAAAUUCCGGAGUACCAAGGAAUUGACCAGAUUGUCGAAGUCGGCACUGGAGGAGGGAAGCUAUGAAAGCCGGCGAUCGGUCGAAUGAAAUUCUUCCGAAUUG